CCUCCCUAGGAGGACCCCGUCCUCGAGCGCUACUUUAAAGGCCACAAGGCCGCGGUCACCUCCGUGGACUUCAGCCCCAGCGGCAAACAACUCGCUACUGCUUCUUGGGAUACCUUUCUCAUGCUAUGGAAUUUCAAGCCACAAGCUAGAGCCUACAGAUAUGUGGGUCACAGGGAUGUUGUGACCAGCGUGCAGUUUUCUCCGCAUGGAAACUUAUUGGCCUCUGCCUCGCGAGACAGAACCGUGAGACUCUGGAUUCCUGAUAAAAGAGGGAAAUCCUCAGAGUUUAAAGCUCACACAGCUCCAGUUCGAAGUGUGGACUUUUCGAAUGAUGGCCAGCUUCUGGUGUCAGCUUCUGAGGACAAGUCCAUCAAAGUGUGGAGCAUGUACCGCCAGCAUUUCCUGUUCUCCCUGUACCGACACACACACUGGGUACGCUGCGCCAGAUUUUCACCUGAUGGAAGACUAAUCGUGUCAUGUAGUGAGGAUAAAACUAUUAAAAUUUGGGAUACCUCAAAUAAGCAGUGUGUUAAUAACUUCUCAGAUCCUAUAGGAUUUGCAAAUUUUGUGGACUUUAACCCAAGUGGUACUUGCAUAGCCUCAGCAGGUUCUGACCAAACCGUGAAAAUCUGGGAUAUAAGAGUGAACAAAUUACUGCAGCAUUAUCAAGUUCACAGUGGUGGAGUUAAUGGCCUGUCAUUCCAUCCUUCGGGUAACUACCUCGUCACUGCAUCUUCAGAUGGCACACUUAAGAUUCUGGAUCUCCUAGAAGGAAGGCUCAUAUAUACGCUUCAAGGACACAUGGGACCUGUCUUUACUGUUUCAUUUUCAAAGGGUGGAGAGCUGUUUGCAUCCGGAGGUACAGACACCCAGGUCUUAUUAUGGAGGACUAACUUUGAUGAAUUUCACUAUAAAGAUCUUCAUAAAAGAAACCUCAAAAGAUUGCACUUUGAUUCACCACCACACCUUCUUGACAUCUACCCAAGAACGCCACAUCCCCAUGAUGGGAAAGUUGAGACUGUGGAAAUUAAUCCAAAGCUCGAGGUCAUCGAUCUUCAGAUCUCUGCUCCUCCUGUUGUGGAUAUCCUUUCUUUUGAUUCUACCACCGAUCACGAAAGAGACCAGCUGGACCAGUGCAGAGAUAACCGGCAGUCUUGUGACUUUAGGAAGGGCACUCUCCCUUCUGCCCUCUGCCUGUGGUGUCAGGUACCAGGGAUGGGCCAGGCCUGGGACACACCGCCUGUCCGGUUCCCACAGCUGAGAGCCAGGCACGCCGACAAUGCCUACAGCUCUCAGCCCACACAGCCAGCAGCAACUGGUUCCUUCCUCUUCCUGCGGAAGAGAAACAUCCUCCGAGAUGAGAAGAAAUCCACCCCGAGGAAUGUGGCCACAGCGGUGGGCCUUUCACACAGGAAAUUGCUGCUUGGCUCUCUAGAAAGUGCUUGUCUCCUGGCCUGCCAGCCCGUCAGGAGCUUCCUGCUGUCCCAGAGGAUGGUUUAG